AUGGACUACGCGCAGGCGCGGGAGGCGGCGUCGCGCGCCGCCGCCGCCCACACGGCGUCGGCGUUCCAGUCGUCGCUCCACAGCGCCCUCCGGCAGCCGUCGCCCUACGAGACGCCGCGCUACGAGACGCCGCGCUACGACGCGACGCCCCGGGCCUACGGCGGCCCCGCGGGCGCCUACGACGUCAACCGGAGCGACCUGAACGUGCGGAGCGCCUACGAGGACCGGCGCGCGACGACGCCCUACGAGGAGCCGCGCGCCGCGGAGGCGCGGCCGCGGCCCUACGACUACCGGACCUCCGCGCCGCCGCCGGGCCCGCGCUACGCGUCGGCGACGCCGCCGCCGCGGUCGACGACGCUGCCGACGCACCCGCCCGUGCCGCCGCCGCAGCAGCCCUACGACCGCGACCGCGACCGCUACGCGCUCGCCGCCGCGGCGGCGCGCGCGCGGCCGCCCGACGACGCGCCCCUGGACGCGCCCUUCUCGCGGGACCUGCGGGACGCCAUCGCCGAGGCGACGAACGUGUCGCGGUCCGUGCAGGCGCAGCUGAACAUGCUCACGGCGGGGCAGUCCGCGCUCGACGCGCGAUUGGCCAAGCUCGACGAGGAGCACGUCCCCCGCGCGGAGCGCUUCGCGCGCCAGGCCGCGCGCCGCGCCGACGAGGUCGUCGAAUCCGUGACGGCGGCGAAGCGCGCCUUCGUCGAGCGCGCGGCCGCCGACGACGCGGCCGCGCGCAACGUGCGGAGCUCUAUUUCGGCCUUGCGACUGGCGCUCGAGGACCGGCCGACGCGGCGCGCGGCCGUGGACCUCGCGCGCGACGGCGCGCGGCGCUACUGCGAGUCGGACCCGGAGGCCGAGGCCUGGGUGCGGCGCGCGGCCCGCGCGGCGCUCGCGCAGACGCUCGAGGGCGGCUCGCGCGCGGGCGACGCCGUCGCGGCCGAGCUCGAGAGCCGCGUCGCCUCCUUGGCGAGCGACGCGGCGCAGCGCGCGGCCGCGCGCGCCGUCGACGACGCGCUGCGCGACGGCGCGGCCUUCGAGGCCGCGGGGCGCCGCGUCGCCGAGGACGCGGAGCGCGCCGUGUCCGACCGCGCGACGCGCGCGCUUCUGCCGAAGCUCAAAGACGAGCUCGCGGCGUCCGCGGACGCGGCCGCGCGCGACGCCUUCGCGGCCCUCGCCGCGCAGCGCGACCGGAGCCGCGACGACGCGCUCGCCGCCGCCGUCGCCGCGGCCGCGGACGCGGCGAAGCGGUGCGAGGCGCACGAGACCGCCGCGUCGGCGUUCGUCGACGCCGGCGAGUUCUCGCGGCGCGAGAAGAGCGUCGACGCGCUGCGGCGGCGCGUCGACGACGUCGACCGGGAACACCGGGACCGCGCGCGCGAGGCCGAGGCGAGCCGGCGCCGCGACCUCGACGCGCUCCGGGCGCCCGUCGAGGACUGGCGCCAGGCCCUCGCGGCGCUCGAGGCGCGCGUCGCCGGCGCGGAGCGGCGCGCGGACGACGCCGCGGCGGCGACGGCGAGCGGCCGCGAGGAGGCCGCGGAGCUGCGGACGUCGCGCGACGGCGAGCGCGAGGCCGCGUCCGCCGCGGGCGCCAAGGCCGACGCCGCGGCGACGCGCGCCGAGGACGCGGCGGAGCGCGCGGACAAGGCGUCGGCCGCGGCGACGGCCGCGGGCCGCGCGGCCGCGGACGCGCGGCGCCUCGGCGAGGAGGCGCGCAAGGGGUCCGAGGACGCGUCCGCGGGCGCCGCGGACGCCGCCGCGGACGCGCGCGGCGCGCGCGAGCUCGCCGCGGACGCCAAGGCCGUCGCCGCGGACGCGCACGCGGGCCUCCGGGGCCGCGACGACCGCCUCGCGGACCUCGAGGCGCGCGUGGCCCAGCUCGCGGGGCAGCUCGCGGCGCGCGGCGGCGGCGCGCCGGCCCCGGCCGCCGCGGCGCCGCCGGCCGACGCCGGCGCGCUCGACGACCUCCGGGGCGCCGUCGAGGCGACGAACGACGCCGUGCGGCGGCUCGCGGACCGCGUCGCGCGCCUCGAGGCCGGCCGGGACGAGAAGGACGACGGCGACAGCGACAUCACGACGGAGGACCCCCUCGAGAAGGACCGCGCCGGGGCGCCCGCGGCGCCCGCGCCCGCGCCCGCGCCCGCGGCGACGCCCGAGGCCGACGACGACGACGACGACGACGCCGACGACGACACGAUCAAGUCGGGCGGGUCGACGACGCCGGGCGCCGCGAGCCGCCCGGCGGCCUACGCGGCGAAGCCGACGACCUUCGGCCUGCCGAGCCUCGGCGCCGCGAGCCUCCAGCGGUCGCCGCGGAGCCGCGCGUCCUUCGCCGGGGGCCACCGGCCGCCGCCGCUGCCCGUCGGCCCGCCGCCCGCCCCCGCGCCCGCGCCCCAGAAGCCCCCGGACGCGGCGCCCCAGAAGCCCCCGGACCCGGCGCCCGAGGACCCGGCGCCCGGCGAGGGCUUCGACGACGACGACGAGGAGGACGAAGCGGACGAAGCGCCGGCGGACGCGCCGGCGCCGGCGCCGGAGGACGACGGCGCAUCCUCCGGCGCGCCGCGGUCGCGGGGCGCGUCGCUCGACGAGCCGGCGCCGCCGCGGUCGCGCGGCGCGUCGCCCGUGCCCGACGCGGGCCCCGCGGGCGCGGCCGGCUGCGGGAAGAAGGUGCUCCGCUUCGCCAUGGACGAGCACCUGCGCACGUCCUGCGCGGCGAAGCUCGGCGGCGCGCCCGGCGGCGCGGCCUUCAAGCAGCCGGGCGUCGCGCGCGCGCCGCCGCCCGUGACGACGACGAGCUGCCCGCCCGCGGCGCCGCGGCCGCGCCUCGCGUCCGACGAGCCGCCGCCGGCGGGCCUGCCCCAGAUGGUCGGCGGCCUCCGGGGCAUCCGAUCGCUCCAGCGCAGCCCGAGCCACGCGGACCGCGGGCCGAACCCGGCGCCGAAGCCCCUCAACCCCAUCCCCGCGCCCGCGGCGCUCGCGCCCGCGCGGCGGUCGUCCUUCGACGACGACGACGACGACGGCGGCGGCGGCGGCGGCGGCGCGCCCGCGGCCGAGGCGCCCGCGGCGCCGCCGGACGACGACGGCUGCGUCGACCUCGCGGCGCUCGACCCCCUGUCGUGGCGGCCCGAGGACGCCAAGGCCUACGUCGCCGAGCACCUCUACCUGCCCCACGUCGGCGAGAUCUUCGUGCGGCGCCACAUCGGCGGCAGCACGCUCGUCCACAUGACCGAGGGCGACCUCCGCGAGGACGAGCCCCACGGCCUCGGCCUCUCGCCCGCGGACACGGCCGUCGUCAUGACCCUCAUCCGCAAGAUCAAGGAGCUCCCCCAGAAAGUUCCAAUGGUGGGCAGCCCCGGCAAAUCCGCCGAUGCGGCGCCGGACACGCCGCGGGUCGGCUUCGCCCUGGGCCGGGAGUCGUCGAAGGAGUCGUCGCUCUACGAGCGCAAGCCGGCGCGCCACUACCCGUCGCGCCUCCUGCCGGUGCUCAAGGGCACGCUGCUGAACCGCCUCGAGGGCGCGAGCAUCGGCCGGGUGACCUGCGACGUCAUCGAGGCCUGCCGCCUGCCGAGCCGCGCGUCCCUGAGCAACCUCUGCGACGCCCACGCGUCCCUGAAGCUGCGCGGCUGGAGCCCCAAGGGCGUGCCGUGGCCCGAGGCGCGGCGCUUCGCCGGGCGGACGAAGACGGCGGCGAACGACCGGAGCCCCUGGUUCAACGAGCGCUUCGAGUUCGACCUCUGGCGCAGCGGCGGCGUGCUCGACGUCGAGAUCCGCGACGACGUCGUCGGCGCGCUCGGCCGCUGCCGCCUGUCGUUGGACGAUCUGGCGUGCCGCGGGAGCAUCCAGCGCUGGUGGCAGCUCGACGUGAGCGACGGCCUCGAGGCGCCGUCGGCGGCGGUCCACAUGCGCGUCACCGUCGCCGUGUCGCCGGCCCUGAGCGCCUGGUCCUUGAUCUGGAGCCACCGCCCCCUGAUCGACGACUCGAAGUUCGACGUCAACGUGACGUACGCGGCGGCGAUGACGCUCCAGGACUGGGCGGACCCGCUCGUCGACUUCCAGAAGAGGGCCUUGGAUGCGGUCAAGUGGAAGCACACGCCGACGACGCUAGUCUGGGUCGCCGCGUGCUCGCCGGUGUGCUACUUCGUCGUCUACUGGCGGUCCAUGGUCCACGUCGGCCUGGCCGCGGGCGUGCUGCGCGGCGGCUACGUCGCGCGGCGCGCGCGGCUCCUGCGGGAGCGCUGCGCGGAGAUCUUCUACCGCAUCGACGUCGACCGGUCGGGCAGCCUCGACGUCGACGAGAUCUCCGCGGCCGUGACCGCGUUCGCGGCGUCGAUGAACGUCAAGCCGCCGUCCGCCGACGAGGUCGCCCGGGCCUUCGCCGCCGUCGACGACGGCGACGGGAUCCUGACGCUCGUCGAGUUCCAGGACUUCAUCUUCCGCUUCCCCGACCUGGCCAAGGCGUUGGGCGUCGACGCGAAGCGCGACGACGAUCUGGUCGUGGGCGAGGACGGGGCCGCGGAGUCGUCCGACGACGACGGCGACGGCGCGUCGCGCCAGGACACGGAGGUGGAGCGCGUCGCGCGGACGCUCGCGAAGUGGCACCCGUCGCUCGGCGCGCUGUCGACGUCCCACAAAAAGGCCAUCAAGGCCGCGCUGCCGCCGGCGAAGAGCGUCCGGCGGUCGUCGCUCGCGCCGCCGCGGUCCAUGGUGCCGGCGCCGGCGCCGGGGCCCAAGAAGGUCUUCAAGGGCGUCGCGAAGAAGGUCAUCAACCUCGCCGGGCGCAAGGCCGCGCUCGCGCCCUACCAGCACGACCUGACGAGCGCCGUGCGCGACCUCGACCCGCUCCGGGAGCUGCUGGCCUGGGACAAGCCCCUCGUGUCCGGGCCCUUCGUCGCGGUCAACGUUUUAGGCGCCUACGCGCAGCUCCACCUCGAGCCGCGGACCUUUUUUCUGAUGGCGUUGGCGCUGAGCUUCGUCUACUUCACGGAGUGGUUCAAGCAGCUGUGCCUGCGGCUCCCGGACGUCGGGCCGCGCGUGUUCCGGGCCUACGCGGAGCUGCGGCGGCGCGCGCGCGCGCGCGACGAGUCCGGCGACGACGAGGCGGGCGUCCGCGUCGCGCGCGCGUCCGAGCCCGUGUGGAAAUCAAAUCUUCAACUCGAAUUCAAUUUUCGCGAACGGUCCGAGCACCGGCCCGCGCUGAAGCUCGACGAGUACAACUCGGGCGAGGGCCACCUGGGCCUCGGCUUCCACCGGCGCACGCUCGUCAAGCAGUACAUGGUCAACGACGUCUUCGCGCGCAUCGACCUGUGCAUCGACCGGAACACGGACCACGAGAUCUCGCGCGACGAGCUCGUCGAGUACCUGCGCAAGGGCCGCGCCAAGUCCGUCGACGGCCGCGUGCGCCACCUCGUCGCCGGAAACGACGUCGACGUCGUGUCGCUCGUCGCGAACCUCGUCGCGCGCCACGGCGACGGCGACGUGCUCACGCUCGCGCAGUUCGAGCGCGUCGUCUUCGAGUCGGAUCUGACGCAGAUGCUGCUCCAGACCGAGACGCUGCGCCACCUCCUGAAGGAGGGCCUCACGUGCCACAAGCUCGGCUCCAACUCCUGGGUCGAGGCCGCGUCGAAGCACGCGACGGCGCUCCACUGGAACCUCGACGCCGGCGAGCUCAUCUGGCUCCGGCGCGACCGGUCGCAGGUCCGCCUCCCGAAGGACGCCGUCGACGACGUGCUCCGGACGCCGAAGCGGCCCGACUGCAUCUCCCUGAAGCUCCGCAAGGGCGACGGGCCGGCGUCCAUGCGCACCUUCUCGCUGGACCCCAAGCUCCGGGACGCGCUCUUCCACGUCCUCUCGGGCCUCGUCUUCCCGGACCGCGAGACGCCGUCCACGCGCCACAUCAUCGACGACACGCUCGACGAGGAGGUCGUCCUGCGCAAGCGGCCCAACGCCACGCCCCGCAACUUCCCCGGCCGCGUCGUGCCCGGCGAGGGGGUCUAA